AUGAUUCUGCAAAUACCAUUUUUCGUCAUCAUCACGAUGUUCAUAACAUUGCCUCCUAUAUAUGCUCAGCCAUAUUAUUAUUAUAACUUGCCAUAUUUUGAACUGCAAGAUUCCAAAGAAGGGUAUAUUAUAGCAAAACCUGGGUGUAGUUUCAGAUGUGGAGGUGUUGACAUCUCGUACCCUUUUGGAAUGAAAGAUCCGAAAUGCUACGGAGGCAAGUGGUUUGAAGUAGAAUGCAGAGAAACUUCCCGCGGCCAAAAACCCUUCCUAAAGUCUUUAAAUCUGGAGGUGAUGGGAGUUGGCUUGAAUAUGGUUCAUAUCAAGAAUCCGAUUUUCUAUUGGAACUGCCCAGGCAGAAGAGCAACGCCAGAAGUAAUAAACCUGAGAGGAAGCCCUUUUGUGUAUUCCCCGGUAGCCAACACGUUUGUGGCCGUUGGUUGCAACAACCUUGCCUUUUUGCAGUCCAAUGGGUCCACUGUUGCUUGUUGUGCGUCCAUGUGUGAUGACAGUGAAGAAGUCAAUGAAAACUUCAACUUGGUAGGAAAAUAUGGUUGCAGUGGCAGGUACUGCUGUGAAACUUCACUGCCCAAGUAUCUUUCAGAAUAUAACGCAACACUUCAACAUUUUAACACCGAAAACAAUAAUACUGUGAGUGAACCGUGUACUUAUGCGUUCAUUGCAUAUCCAUACUCGUACUGGCAAGAUACGUUUUCGAUUAACGAUACGGAUUAUAUUGAGGCAGUGCUUGAGUGGGAGAUAUUGGACAACACGCUUGACAAUUCUACCCGUCAAUCCCUUUCAGAAUUAGAUUGUAAUCGCUCUAAUGUUGGAUCUUCGCAAAACACAAGCUCUGGUUGGAGAUGCGACUGUUUAGAAGGCUUCUAUGGCAAUCCCUACGUUGCAGGAGGCUGCACUGCGAUCCCAGGUUAUUACAAGCACAGUCAAGCGAAGAAGUGGGCUAUAGUAGGAGUUUCGUCAAGUCUGGGAUCUAUCAUUUUUCUCCUUGGUCUAUGGUUGUUGUAUAAGGUUGCAAGGAAGAGAAUGAUAGAGAAACGUAAACAGAAGUUCUUCAAAAAGAAUGGCGGUUUGUUGUUGCAACAAAGAAUGUCAUCUAAUGAAGCUAAUGUAGACAAAGCUAUUCUCUUUAGCUUAGAUGAUUUAGAGAAAGCCACUGACAACUUUAACAUGGAUAGAGUUCUGGGAAAGGGAGGGCAAGGUACGGUUUACAAAGGAAUGCUAGUAGAUGGUAGAAUUGUUGCAGUGAAAAAAUUUAAGGUGGAAGGAAAUAUUGAAGAGUUCAUCAAUGAGUUUGUCAUUCUGUCACAAAUCAACAACAGAAAUGUGGUCAAAUUGUUAGGAUGUUGUUUGGAGACAGAAAUUCCCCUGCUUGUUUAUGAAUUCAUUCCUAAUGGUAAUCUCUUUGAAUAUUUGCAUGACCAGACAAAGGAGUUAUUACCAAUGACUUGGGAGAUGUGUUUGAGAAUUGCCACUGAGAUCGCAGGAGCUCUCUUUUACCUGCACUCGGUUGCAUCUAAACCCAUUUAUCAUAGAGAUAUCAAAUCCACAAAUAUACUAUUGGAUGAAAAGUAUAGGGCAAAAAUUGCAGAUUUUGGAACAUCCCGGGUAAUUUCUAUUGAAGCUACUCAUCUUACAACAGUUGUUCAAGGUACCUUCGGUUAUUUGGAUCCUGAAUAUUUUCACACUAGUCAAUUUACAGAGAAAAGUGAUGUCUAUAGUUUUGGAGUAGUUCUUGCUGAACUUUUAACAGGCCAAAAGGCAAUAUCACCAGCAAGAUCUGGAGAGUUCAAGAGUCUAGCAUCAUAUUUUGUUGAGUGUCUGGAGGAGGACAAUCUGUUUGACAUUAUUGACAAAAGAGUUAUGAAAGAAGCAGAGAAGGGACAAAUCAUUGCCGUUGCUAAUCUUGCAAAUAGAUGCUUAGAGUUGAAUGGAAAGAAACGUCCAACUAUGAAAGAGAUCACACUUGAAUUAGAAGGGAUUCAUGGGUUGGUCAGGAAGUGUAAUGCAGAGAAAAAAGGUGACGAAGUUGAGCUUGCACGAGUUGGCAUCCUUGGGAUGGAUAUUCUACGUCAAAGUCAUGGUACUCAAAAGGUUGUACCUAUGGUACAAUAAAAAGUAAUUGCUGUUCAUGUUCUGAAUCAUGGUUGUGAGAAAACUCAUCGAUGCUUGUUCAUGUUCUUCUCCAAGAAGGGAGCUAUAAGUACUCAGUUACAGCAUUCCAUCUCACUUUCAAAUAGUGAUAGUAGAAAUUCUCUAUAAAAUAAAAUGCUUAUGUUGAAUGUAGCUGAUGUGUUUAUAUUGUAGCUUG